AUGCACACAACGACCAGGCGUACAAUGUUGCACACUACACGAAAGACCACAAAUCGCAGCAAAAAUCGACCGCAUCAUCCGGGGAAACACGAAAAACGUCGAAAAAUGACAAAAGUAUACUUCAAACAAAAAAGAAAAGAAAAAUCUUGUGCAGGCCUUCUUUUAGCAAAUGCCCAGAGAGCAAGGAACAGUGCUAAUGGAGUUUCAAAAGAUCAAACUGAAGAGGAAGAACUGAACAAUUCGAAAGUGGAGACGUGCAGUUCGUCGCCACAGGCUAAUCAGGAAAUCAGUUCAGAAGAUCGAAACUCCCACCAUCCCGACAUUGCUUCCAGUAGCUCCGCAACUACAUGCAGGUCGUCAAAUUGUUUCAAUAUGGAUGAAGGAAUUCUGACGAGAGACGUGGAAAUGGAUUUUAGUGACGAUAUUCCGACUUUUUCUCACAAUAGAUUCUCCAAUCCCGUAUUUCCACCGACACCUUCACGAAACUCGUUCAGUACACCGAGGGUUCGAAUAAUCUCCAAUGUUGAGCAAAUUCCGCAGAUCAAAAUGCUCCGACUAACGAUCGAACGACUGAAAAAUGAAAAAAAUGAAAUAUCAGAAGAAAUACAAAAGCAGAAUGAUGCGUUUGCGGUGUUUUCGGAAGAAAUACAAAUAGUCCGCCAUGAAAAUAUCACUAUAAGAGCAUCUAAUUCUUCGCUGCAAAUGGAAGUAUGCAAUAUACGAACGAUCGUCAGUGGUAUAGAAGGUCGAUUGGUGAGAAGCUGUGCAGAUGUGAAGAAAAGUGGCAAAGCUAUGGUUCUGAGUCUACAAAGACACGCCGAAGAAGUUGAAAACCUUAAAAAAUCAGCUUUUAAAGUUAAAUUUUCGAAUCUAAGAAACAAAAGUUGUAUCAAAAAUCGAUUUCGCAAAGCUCUUCACUUGCUUCAACACGAAAUCUGCCUCGAGGAUGACGUCGGACAAUUUAUUCGAAAAUUUACAAAAUUCCUGAAUUCAGAAGAGAAUCAAAGCUACAAAAACAAGCUUUCAAACUUUGAGGCCGUUGACUUUUUAUCAAAAUGCGGAUUAUCUCUAAGUCAGAUGGAAAAAAUCAAAAACUAUUUGACUAAUGCCAUUGGCUAUGAUUUGCUUCCAUCGGUAAAGAACGCAAGAGAUUUGCCAAUCCAGUUAUCAAUGAUCUCCAGUUUCAAAGUUUCCACUUCGUUCGACAAUAAAGGAAAAGUGAUUACCAUUGUGCAGUGCAUGAAAAUUGCAGAAGUUUUAGCCUAUCGAAUAGAGCUUCUAUGCAAUUCAAAUCAAUUUGUGGACGACGGAUACACGAAAGGAGUAAUCAACAUUGGAGUCGUUGGUGACGCUGGAGGUGGAAGCACAAAGUUGGCAUUGGUAAUCGGAAACGUAUCUCGACCGAAUUCUUCGAGACACGUUAUGGUAAUUGCAGUAUAUGACGGAUCCGACAAUUACUCGUCUCUGAAAAAAUUCAUUCCGGACGUUCUUGAGCAGCUUGGCAAGCUAACGAAAAUUCGAUAUUUGGACAAAGGAGUUCAAAAAACCGCAAAAAUUGUGCAAAUUGCAACUGGAGAUUGCAAGUUUCAAUCUGAUAUUCUUGGACACCAAGGACAUUCAUCCCACAAUUUCUGCUUCAAAUGUUUUGCACAGAAUCCACGGGGAGCUGAAGAGAGGAUGAAAAUCAAGGAUAUGAAUGUUGAUGAAACAUUCCACCCACGAACAAUCGAUCUUUACAAAGCUUGUUGUGAAAAUGGCGACUUGGGUGUUCGCAAAGGAUGUACUCCACUUCUGCCACACGUUGCGAUCAUGUUCUAUUUGAUUCCUCUUCUGCACAUUAUCAUGGGUAUUUUUGACAAAUAUAUCUUCAAUCCCCUCUGGAAAUAUUCUGUCACUUUGGAUAACACUACUUGUUUCCCUAUCCUGAAAACACGAAAAGCAACUCUAAAAAACGCUGUUAACCUAAUCAAAAGUGCGGAAGAAAAGUAUCAAGCAGCCACCGGAAAGAUGAAAUUGGAGUCGCAUGCUGAACUGAAAGCACUUCAAUCGGAAAAAUUGUUGCUCGACACAAUUGUGAAUGGUACUCCCGGAGGAACACUUGAAAAAAUGGAACAGUGUUGGGCUAAGUUUGGAGCGGACAAGCAGGCUUGGUUCCAAUCAUUUUGCGGAAACCAUUUGAAAUUGCUGCUAACGCCGGCUGUUGUAGAGGAGACUUUCAACAUUUUUGGCCCAAAUUUAUGCCCAAUGUUGCUCGGAUUGAAAUCAGCAAUGGGAAAGCUUUCAACUAUUAUGUCACUUUCGGGAAACAAGUUUUUAAAUGAUUCCGACGUCUUAAUACUUCAAAAUUCGAUUCGCGGAUUUGUGGAGGAUUUGAAAGUAGCGGUUCCCGAAGAAACAAUUAUUUUAAAGCUGCACUUGUUGGUCUACCAUGCACCACAAAUGGCAAAAGAUGUGAGAAACAUUGGAAGGAUCACAGAACAAGGAGUUGAAUCUGUCCACGCGAUUUUCAAUGCACUUGAGAGGAGAUUUUGCAAUUACCGGGACAAGAAAAGGCGUUACAUCCAUGUUCUGAGAGAGCUCAUGUGUCGUAACAUCAUGAAUGACAUGACUAUGAACACGUCCAUUCCCGGUCUUUCCAUCGUAAAUCAAUUUUAGCUCCAAGAAAAGGCUUCCACAAUCGACAAAAUCUCGAAAUGCUGUGCCCGACUUCUCACAAAACGUACAAACUUCUAUUGCAUUUGGAGGCAAUUCAACGAAAAUUGGAUUCCGUGGUCUACCGAGCAAUGCUCUUUCUCGUCCGAACCCGAUGGCAAUCACACAAACUUGCUCGACAAGCCAGCCAAUCACUAGAAGCCAUCCACUUGUUGCUCCACCAGUAUCUUAUCAACUUCCGAAAUGCAGUAAUAGUUUAGCUGAAGAGAAAAAUUCGAGCAAGUUGUGGGCAAGCAAGAAGGAGUGCUGCAGAAUCUUCUUCGACUGAAAGCCACGUGGACACAAAUUCGAAGAAGAAAGUUUACAGACUAAAAUUCGUCCAAAAAAGUCGUGAAAUUCCGAAGAAAUAG